AAUGAUUCACCAUUCCACUCCUAUAUUCAGAUCUCAAUUCUCCUUACUGAUUACCAUACAUCUCUUUAAAUGUUAGUUUUGAGAAUUUAGCAGUAUUCAUAAGAAAACAUCAGAUCUCCUAGGUGAUGGUUUUCAUUAUUCUUAGUAUACCUGCCUGAUGACAAUGUUGGGAAAUUAGUAAGAUGGAAUGAUCUUAACAGGUUCUCACAGUCAGAAGAGUUAUCAUGGAAUCUGUAGGACUGGUCCUGCCUUGCAUUUUUUUCCAUGUCUAAAAUUCCUGAUGAGUGAUGGUUAUCAAACUUCUCCUUGCAGUAUUACUAUAUAAUUAAAUUUUGUUGAAUUAAGACAGGUGGAGACUGUAAUGUGAAUCAUUAACCAGCAACAGGAUACUGUCGUUGCGAAAAUGGGAAAUACUAAAAAAAAAUCAUUUAAAUUUUAAUAAGUAAUAUUUACAUGAGAAGAAUUAAUAUUUCAAGUUUGAAAGAGUAGUAGGCUUAGAGACAAAUACAAGAAUUGUAUAAUAAAUAUUAAAUCAAAUAGGUGUAUAUGUUGUUUAGCUUAGCAUUAGCUUCGGGCACAGGGGUGGGGUGCGCAGGAUGUAAAACAAGGCUGUGGUUUGGAUUGAAGUUUUUUUUAGUUUGUUUUUUCCCUGGGAAGUCAAGUUAAUUAGAAUUUUCAAUAUAAAAGAUUACAUGUGAAAAUUGCCUUAAUUUAUAAAUUAUAUAAAACUUAUUUUCAUGAGCAAUAUUUUGUAAAGUUUUCAAAUUUAGAAUAAAUUUAAAUAAAUUUACCUUGCUAAAUCCAAAUUGUACAAUGGAAAACCCAUUUGUUUGUACUGACAAAAGAAAAACAUUUACCCAGGAUAUCUGUCUGACACACUGGAAUAAGGUUGUGUGACAAAUGAUCUAUUUUCAGUUGAAAAAGCUUAUGAAUAAAUAAUCUUCAUCAACACCUGCAGCCAUUGUAUCCUGGUUACUAAGCCUCAAUCUGACUGUUUUGAAUAGCAAUAUCAGACUUAUAAUAGUGGAGAGAAAAAUUUGUUAUUUAUAUCAAUUAGAAUGUAGAAUUCACUGACAAAGCAGUAGUGAAAGUGGAAAGAUCUUGUUUUUGGUCAAGUCCAGGAUAAAAUGUUGAAAGGAACAAGUGUGAUUUCCUUGUUAAAUGAAAAUUUGGACAAAGAUGAGGCUGUGAUUGGAUUAGAAGCAGCUCAUGCCGAGGGUCAAUCAUCAUCUGAUUGGCUGGGGAGACACAGUGUGGAAGCUGGGGCUCUUUCAUUUGAUGAGAUUAUGAAAUGUGGAGUCCCUGUCAAACCUCCAUCUGGUGCAGAUCCUGGUCAAGUUCACAUGAAAUAUGAUGCUGUUAAACUACAAGAUUAUGAAUUUAAAAUAACCAAUCUUAUCCAGUUAUGCCAGCAGAGAAUUAAUUGGCUCUUACGAGGGAGUAAAAGAGCAUUUGGUCUAGUGAAAGGACAGAAUGUAGCCCUGUUAGUUGAUGCAUCAGAUUCUAAUUGUGGUUAUGGCAGAUUACAACUCUUCCAAGAGUCAUUAGCGGAGCUUAUAGAUGAACAGUUGGUCAACAAAGACAGGCUGUUCUUAGUGUCAUUUGGAACUCAACCCAAGCCAUUAUGGACAGUGGUCAGAGAUGUCAACUGUAGGAUAGUUGAAGAGUCACAUUGGUGGGCAAGGAGUCUGCAUCCUCAAGGAGGGUGUAAUGUGCUCUCUGCACUUAAACAGGUCAUCAAGAGAAAAGAGAUUGACUCCAUUGUUCUGGUCUUAGGGAGCUGUCCUGAUCAAAACCCAAAGGUGAUCUGUGAGUAUGUUCGUGAGUCUCUGGCAGGUAGACAUGCUCCCUUACACACUGUGGCUUAUGACUGCAGCAUCUCUGCAACUAAUAUGUUUCUAAAGGAGCUGGCUGAGCAGACAGGAGGGAGAUAUCAUUGUUAUGUUUCUACCAGUGAUGAGCAAAUUAUGACUGGAACUGAUCUGAGUUUAAUAGCAGAAGAAAUGAAGAAGGCUCAGGAAAUUUUAAAGAAGAUCCAAGAGAUGAAAAGUGGAGUGAUUGCCAUGGGUGAUAAAAGAAUAGCAGUUCAGACUGGUGCCAGCAGUACUAUGAGCACUGGUUAUCCAAGUUUAGACCUAAUGAAGCUUCCUCCUGAGGAGGGUGAGAUACUCAAGACUGACAGCUCCCCCCUGGUGGUUGAGCACCCUUCAUUUCCUGCUAGGACAUCAGCUGAGUGGCUGAAACAACAUGGACUAAAAGCAAAGGGACUGAACCUUUAUCAAGUGUUAGCCCCUAAUUCAUUCUCCUAUGUUGAUGGAUACAUUUCUGCCAUCAACAGAAAUGUGCACUCGCUGGUUCAUGAGAGGAGUAUGGCUCAGUUCAAGUGGCAUGACGGUUCUGUAAAGAAUGUCCAUGUAGAUCCAACAAUACUCUUUGACUAUCAGCGUCACUUAGAAUCUGCUGUUCAUUUGUACAAGCGACGUGUUGACUGGCUGUCUAUUGGCUGUAGACGGAUAUUUGGCACAAUUGUGGAAAAGAGGGUGAUUGUGUUGUUGGACAUGUCAAUAUGCAUGUCAGCAGCUGUUCCCAAACUGCAAGAAGAUCUCAGACUUUUACUUGAACAGCAAAUGGCUAACAAGACUUCCUACAACUUUAUCUGUUUUGGGGGUGCUACAGAGAUGUUUCGUCCUGUCAUGGUGGAACCUUCUCCAGAGUAUCUUGAGGCUACGUGGAAGUGGCUUCUUCGCAGAGGAUGUACAGGAAGUAGGAAUUUUUUAGAUGCGUUUAGGAAAGCCGUGGAAAAUGAAGAGGAGAAGGCUCAUGGUAUUGAAGUGGAAGGGAUUUAUGUCAUAACAAGUGGAGUACCCGAUGAGCCAAAGGAAGUAGUCUGUGGAUUCCUAAGUGAAGCGUUGGCUGGUAGCCACACGGCAGUCCACACAAUUUUCUACGAAGUUGAUGACGAGGAUGGCUUGAUAGCUAUACCAGGAAAAUAUGCCGACCGAGGACAGACAGCUGAAUGCUUAAAACAGAUGGCUCGUGCUGUUAAUGGACGCUUUCACUGGUAUAGAAGUGGAGCCAUAGUAGAGAGUGAUGAUCUGAGGGCUGUCAUAAAUGAAAUGGAUAAAGCUUUCAAUUACUCUCAGAAAACGGCCAUUCUGUUGGAAACAGUUAGGAAGAGAAAGCCAGUGGCUCAAGUGAUAAAUGACUCAACUGAUGGUCAAAGUCAACAACUGGUACCCAGGCCACCGUCUGCUAACAAGUCCCGAUUACCGCUGACCCCACCAAGACAUACAGCACUCACUAAAGCCCGAAUGAAAAAGGGUGGCUGCGCUCUGCCUCCAAUUAAAGCUGCAACUGAAGAUUCUAAUGUUCGCCCUCAGACUGCAGGCUCUAGCCGGCCCAGUUCCUCAACAAGUAGUAAGAAGGCCAGGCCACACAGUGCAUCCUCUCAGACCAAGGAAUCAACGUUAAAGGCGUUGCAAUGGAAACCACCCUCAUCAAAUAGUACCACCUCCCUUAUACCUGCACCUCCUCCUUCCAAAACGGUUGUCAAGGAGAGAAGACCUUCGUCAGGUGGUGUCAGACCGGUUCAGCAGGUUUUCUAUACCGAGUGGAAGAAUGAAACAGGUGCAGUUUACAGUCAGUAUCCAACGAAAAAGAAAUCAAGAAGACCAAUCAAGCACCCGUUUAUUCCUGACAAAGAGGAGAACGUUACCACCAGAGAGUGGAUGCGUCACUACAGUCUUUCAAAAGUGAAGUUAGACCUCAAUAACAUUGUGGGAUCUGCAGAAUGUUCGCACGCUAAAGGCAAAGUAUCAUCUCUCGGACAGGCAGUACCUGCAAGGUACUGCAACAUUUUUCCAAGUGUAGAAGUAAAGGGAGUUGUGAAACAUCUUCAUUUGCUGCCACAUGAAUUAGAAGAUUACGAGGAACAAGUGGAGAAGGUGCUACGAAGAUACGUGAAAAGACUGCAGUGGCUGUUGAGUGGUAGCAGACGAGUAUUUGGCACGAUAGUCGAGAAAAAUGUGGUGGUCUUGAUCGACACAUCAGGCUCAAUGGUCAGCAGUAUGGAUGAACUCAAACGAGAACUGGCCGCGCUUGUCUGGGACCAAAUCAGACACCAGGCUACUAAGUUCAAUCUCAUCCGCUUUGCAUCGGAGGUGGUUUCAUGGAAACCAAGCUUAACGUCGACAUCAGAUGACAGCUGUCAAGAUGCAGUUGAAUGGGUUUCGGAUUUUGAGGCCAAUGGAAGCACGAGUACAUUAAGUGCCCUUCAGCUGGCAUUUGAGGAUUCAGAAGUGCAAGGGAUAUAUCUCCUCACUGAUGGAAAGCCGGAUAACAGUACGACUAUGGUGCUACGGGAGGUAGCGAAGUUAAACUCGGGAAGAAACGUUCGUGUUCACUGCAUUUCGUUCAAUUGUGACGACAGUGUGGCCAACAAGUUUCUACAACUGCUGGCUUCUCAGACAGGCGGAAGGUAUCACCGCUGCCAAGGUGAUCCGGAUGGUCACGUUUUCACUCACAGACUCCUCACUGAAGGCUUUCGGGAAGACGAGCCACUCAGCAUGCCUGUCUUUGAAGGAGAUGACCUCCGUAGACUAGCAAGUGAAAUAGCUCUGUGCAGGAAGUUCCUUUUGCAGUCCAGGUCAUACAGGGCGUUGUUUCCUGAAAACACGAGGCAAGGAAAAUCUGAAAAGUUAAAUGGGCAAUCACUGCCACCACAACCAAGGAAUUCUAGAUCACAAGUGGAAGUUGCCACAACAUAGUAGUGCCACUGUCAGUCAAUAGUGGUUAAAAGAGAUGCGUCAUGCAUUCGACAUGUGUACGUAGUGAUAAUAUUAUGUCAAGUGAAAACUAACGAGUACGUUUCGUCUUCAAGAAUUGACUGAGCUCAGUAAUUGAUCUCUGAACUCCUCAGGCUUUGUACCAUUCACGUGUUUUGGUGCUCUGUUUUCUGAUGUGCCUUACAUGAAACUUCUAUUUUCUAAUAGUGUGGGUGAUAUUCUUGUGUCCUGGGUUGUCAUCAACGAUGUUGCUUCAGUCUUGUCGCCCGAAGAAAUUCCGAUUCGCGUAAAUCAGUCCCGAAACUACACGAACAAUCAUUGAGUAGAUCGAGCGUUAUCACGUUAUCUCGUUGCUAGGCAACGUCCUACGCUGAUCCCAAUCUCCGACGGUUUUCGGAAACAGUUUUUCGACAAGAAAUUAAUUGUUCCCCGCGAUUGAUUUAUAGAUGAAAACUGUGUCCUUUUAUAUUUCGCUGUAUACAUGGUGACAAGUUAUUUCGUUCACUCUAGAGAUUUGGAUUUCAGGAUUGUAGAACAGUAUUAUGGAGGUAAACACUUAUAGUCUGUCAUAAUUCAAAUGUGUAGACAAUAAUAAAUAUUUAUUUAAUAGAAAUUACUGCAGAUGGCUAUGGUUUGAUUUGUUGAAGUCUGAUGUUUGAUAUAGUGUAGAAUACCAAGACGAAGAUGAAUUGAAAAUCUUCAGUUUGUACAAAGAUUUGUUUUAUAGGUUUGUAAUAUAGUUGCUACAGAAUCACUCUUAUCUUGUUCAUUACAAUCUCCUACCCUAGUAAAAGCAAUGCUUUUAGAAGGGAUAUGAAAUAAACUUGAAAGCUUAGAACUGUAAUAAUUUAAUGACUUUUAAGUGAAUUGUACGUACGUGCUCUAACUCAUUGCUGUUCAGGUCGUUUAGUUGUCUAAGCGGAAGAGCUGCAGAGAAAAAGUGAUCAAUAAAAUAUCAGAGUUUACAUGGUAAAA